UCGUGCUCGUGCCACUUGCGAUGCAACUGCUGAUACUAUGAUAGCUAGUGGUGGCAGCAGCACUGCCGGAUCAGCUGUGCCUCUUCUCUCUGCUCAGUCCUGCAUGAAAAGAGCGUGCCGCAUCUCCGUCGGGUUCAGUCCGCGCCUGACUAUUACGCCCGCCACUCGUCAGGAGCACGUUGGCAAACCGAUCGCGCGAAAACUGCAUGUGAUUGCAGGAUAUCAGCUGCAGUAGGUCAGAAGACGACAGCAGAUAGUAUUUUGUUGCUGCAGAUUGUGGAGGCUCUGCUGACUGUGUGUUGCUGCAAAGGCCUUCAAGCAGAACACCAUCAGCCUCUUCAAGUCUGUGAGUGAAAAGAGCUCAAUCAGGAGUGAAUACAGCCAUUUCCUCUGCCGAUCACAUUGUGUGCAGAACACUAAUCUUUAACCAGUCUCUGAAACGAGAUUUCACUAGCUGAGUUUAUCAGUGUGACAGUGAGAAUAACUUCUCGGUCACUAUUCUGCGGUUGCGUUCGUUUGAGCCUGUAUCAGUAGAGCUGAAGGCCCGAGAGUGACUGCGAUACAGAAUGGACUCGUGCACUGAAGUGUUUGGCAGUGGAGACAGCGACUCUAUUUUCCUGGACCAGCAUUCAACAGCUUCCUCAUCUCCGGCACCCAGUCGCCACGCGUCCACGGCAAUUUCACCGACCUCUCUUCCUUCGGCCGGAUCGUCUCCAAGGAUGUCCAGCUGCCGAAAUGGAUUUGUUGGAGGUCAGCAUCAUCAGGGACAACGUCGCUCACCACGUCUUAGUAGCAAUGCCAGUAUUAUUACCAGUAGCAGUGAGGCCAGCGCGUCGAGCAGCGGAAGCAAUCACAGCAACUCAUCCAGGGGUACAGCCAGCUGGGGAAGCAUUGCCAAACAUCGACCACUGAAAUCCACCAGCGAUGGAGAUGACGGUCUGUUGAAGGUUGUGGACAAUCUCCGCCAUGCCAGCCAGUCUCUACGCCAGGUUGUGUCCAGCUUAGCGCACACGUACGAUGACGAUGUGCUGCACAAUGUGCAGCAGUUCAACGAGCAAGCAAGGGCUGCGGAGAACGGCACGGACGCUGCACCCAGACAGCAUCUGAAGCUUCGACGACAAACCCAAGAUUUGCAAGUUGUGGAGGCGCUGCAAGAAUUCUGGUCGCUCAAGGCACUCGAGUCGACCCGAACGGGCGAUAGCUGCGACGUGCAGGAUUCGACCGUGGUUUACGAGAUGGUGCAGCCCAGUAUGCAUCAGAACGGCUUCGUGGCCUAUGCAUUCCUGCCAGGUGGAAGCUGUUUCCGCUCCCUGGCUGUCUGCUCUACGCGCGGAGAAGCACGCCGAUCGGCAGCCGAGGUGGCACUCAUGAACAGUGUGCACAAUGAGCUGCCAAGCCGCCAGCUGUCCGAUGCCUACAUUGCCACGCUGCUGAGCGCUACACAGCAAGAUGCAUACAGGAGCAGCGGCAGUAGCAGCAGCAGCAGCAGUAGUAGUAGCAGCAGCAGUGGUAGCAAGUCACGCUGCAGACACCCUCACUCGGUAUCACAGACAACACUGGACAACAUAUCGGAGUGCACGUCGGGCAGCGCGAGCACAUCUGGCAGCGGGCAGACAUCGUGGAAGUCGGCCGAUAUCCUGAAAGCCAUCCUCCGAGCCAACAAAGACCAGAGCCUGUUAUCGUGCAAGGAGAACCUGGUCGUAUUUCAGCUACUACAGUGGAGUGGCAUUCUGCAACGGGCAAAGUCCCGGGGACUGCCUCUCCAAGCUGUUAUCCAGUCGGCAUUAGCCACAACACUGGGACAUGCACUGCGGCAACGUUGCUCGGCCUCCUGGGCUGAGAAAGAGAUGGAGCAGCGCGGCACCAUUUCACGUCAGCUGCAAGCCGUAAAGCGUGACCUUGAGCGACUGUGCAUAGCCGGACGUGAGACGCGCUUUGCCAAGGAAAAGAAGGACAUCCUGGUCGGGGCGUUCACCGACUAUCAGCGCCGUCAGCAAGCUCAGUCGAGUGUGUACGACGCUCCAAGCAGACUGCUGGCCGAAUACCAACACGGCGGCAGCGUGGUGGACUCGCCACGCCGUGCUACAAGUCACCAUUCGCUGGCAUUGACCGAUGCUGCCACCGGCAUGACCAGUGCGUAUCCGUACGGCAGUACACAGGGCUCACGGGCACCCUCGUCAAGCGCACGAUCACAGCGCACUCCCUACAGACCCAUGGCUGCCAGCCGAGGGCCGUGAUGUCGGAAAUUCACCGUUCAUAGUACUAUAAACAGAGCUGUUACAAACUCCUUGCAGCCGAAUCUCAACCCUAUUUUGUAGUGUACUGUUGAAUAGAUUGUAGAAAUUUACCUUGAUGUCUCUCUACACAAGAAAUGGUCCUUAUCUUGGUUCAGUCCUACCCAGAAUACUAGUGCUGAAGUAGCAUGUGUACCACAUGCAGAUAGCGCACAGCCAUUCACCUAGCUUUGCUGCUGUGACUGACAACAAUUGCCUUGUAUCAUUCUUGAGAUCGUUCCUCGUCAAAACUACUACAGGCAGCACCGGCUCCUUGAAACACUGUAAUUAUCUAUCACCAUGACACUCUAUCACCAUGACACCCUGCACCUGGGCAUGCACAGUGAUUCUGCAUUGCUUCAUUAUUUGAUGUGACUGCAAUCUACAACAGACAUGGCACAGCAA